GGAAGGAGGAUGAUAAAGUUGGAAAGGAACUGGAGGAGAAGGAGAAAGGAUACAUGGUACCAUGCUGUAGUGGUUAGUUAUGAUUUGGGGUUUAUUUUCUGCAGCUGGACCCUAUAAGACGGUUCGUGCCGACUCCAAGUUAAAAAAGGACAACGAGGUCGUUGAUUGAAUACCUCUCUCUCUGUCUUUCUCUCUCGUUUCAGUCUCUGGCCAUCGGAGCCCUUAAAUCUAGGGUUCUCUCCAAUUUACCUCUUUCUAUGUUCCACGCUUCUUUCAAUCUUAAUUUAUAUUUCUAAUAUCUAGCUAUUUUAUUUAUCCAUCUUUCGAGGCUUUUUGUACCUCGAUCUCAGAUUCUUAGUUACUGAAGAGUUUCAGUUCUGCCAUGACGAUCGCUGAUUCCGGGUAUUCAAUGGAGAAUGGAGAGUGUUGCUUGCCGUGCACGCCCCAGGAAGAGAAACAGAUCGUCAAGGGCUUGAUGGGUGAAGCCGAGCUUCAUUUGAAAGAAGGCAACUUGUACUACGUGGUUUCCGCCAGGUGGUUCACAAAAUGGGAGAGGUACGUUGGCCAGGGCAGUGAUGAUCCCGUAGUUGAUAUGCAGUCUUCUGAUUCUCAAGAUUUGGUUGAUCUUCCUGGGAGAAUAACUGAUAGACCUGGUCCUAUAAAUAACUCUGAUAUUGUUGAAAAUGGAAGUGAUGGCGAGAAUGAUGAUCUAGAGCUCUCUAGAACAUUGUUGGAAGGGAGAGACUAUGUUUUAGUUCCUCAAAAAGUUUGGGAAAAGCUUGUUCAGUGGUACACGGGAGGACCAGCACUUCCAAGAAAGAUGAUCUCACAGGGGGUUUUUAACAAAAAGCAGUUCAAUGUGGAGGUUUAUCCACUUCGUCUCAAGUUAAUUGAUUCUAGAGAUGACAGUGAAUUCACUAUAAGGUUAAGCAAAAAGGCUUCACUUCAUGAACUUUAUGGGAGGGUAUGUGCUCUUAGAGGAACAGAACGAGAAAAGGCUGUUAUAUGGGACUACUUUAAUAAGUACAAGCAAUCACGGUUGGUUGAUUCAAGUCGUACCCUGGAGGAAUCAAACUUGCAGAUGGACCAAGAGAUUCUGCUGGAGAUGCAAGUUCAUGAGUCUUAUCCUUCCCUAUCUGGCCAGGAUUCAACAGGAAAUGAGUUGGCUUUGGUAGCCUUAGAACCUUCAAGGACUUCCCUCUCAAUUGCAGGUGGACCAACUCUGUCAAAUGGUCAUCCCGGUACUUCUAGCUUGAACACGAGGCCAGGAAGUGCUUUAAAUUCAGGACCCACAGAUAUUGAUGAUGGAUUUGGUGCUUAUAGUGCUGUCAGAAGAGGUGAGAGGGGAGGUUUGGCAGGACUGCAAAAUAUGGGAAAUACUUGCUUUAUGAACAGUGCUCUUCAAUGCUUGGUCCACACUCCUCCACUUGUUGAGUAUUUUUUGCAAGAUUACUCUGAUGAGAUCAACACAGAAAAUCCUUUAGGAAUGCAUGGUGAACUUGCACUCGCUUUUGGUGAGUUGUUGAGGAAACUUUGGUCCUCGGGACACAAUACAAUUGCACCACGUGCAUUCAAGGGAAAACUAGCACUAUUUGCUCCCCAAUUCAGUGGUUAUAAUCAGCAUGAUUCUCAAGAACUUCUGGCAUUUUUACUGGAUGGGCUGCAUGAAGAUUUGAAUCGUGUCAAGCACAAACCUUACAUUGAAAUGAAGGAUUGGGGUGGUUGUCCAGAUAAGGAGGUUGCAGAAGAAUGUUGGAGAAAUCACAAGGCUCGGAAUGAUUCCAUUAUUGUGGAUGUUUGCCAAGGUCAAUAUAAGUCAACAUUGGUUUGCCCAGUUUGCAGCAAAAUUUCAAUUACUUUUGAUCCCUUUAUGUAUUUGUCGCUGCCGCUACCUUCAACUGUCACUCGUUCAAUGACAGUGACAGUGUUUUAUGGUGAUGGAAGUGGUCUUCCAAUGCCAUACACUGUGUCAGUACUGAAAAAUGGUCACUGUAGAGAUCUUAUUCAGGCACUGAGUGCAGCAUGCUGUUUGAGAAGUGAUGAAAGCUUUCUGCUGGCAGAAGUCUAUGAUCAUAGGAUUUAUCGUCUAUUUGAAAAUCCUUUUGAAUCAUUGACUUGUAUAAAGGAUGAGGAACACAUUGUGGCCUACCGGUUUUCUCAGGAAGGAACAGGAAAAAAGAAACUGGAAAUUGUUCAUCAGGAAAAGUCUGCUCCAGAUUUGCUGAAGGGUGGUGGAUGGAAGAAUUUUGGAGUGCCUCUGCUUGCUUAUUUGGAAGAUGACUCACCAAGUGGAGCUGAUAUUGAGUUGGCUGCUUCUAGACUUCUCUCACCGUUGAGAAAAGCAUGCUUAUCCAGUGUGGCUCAUAAUGGCAAGGAAAAUGGUGUUCUUUCAGAAGCUAAUGGUGAAGCAUCAAACAGUUGCAAUGGUCAAUCUGAAUCUGGGAGCCAGUCAAUGGACAAGAUAGAAUUAGAGUCAGAGGAUACAUUGACCCAGAACUUGUCGUUACAGCUCUUUUUAACUGAUGACCGGUACUCAAGCCGCAAGCCAAUUUUUAAGGAUUCUGUCGUAAGAUCAGGAAGAGAUCGUAUAAAAAUUUUCCUAGAUUGGACUGAUACGGAACAUAAAUUAUAUGAUCCCAGCUAUCUAAAGGAUCUCCCAGUGGUUUAUAAUAAAUCUGGGUUUAGUGCGAAGAAAACCCGACAGGAAGCUGUCUCUUUAUUUUCAUGCCUAGGGGCAUUCUUGAAUGAAGAACCUCUAGGGCCUGAUGACAUGUGGUAUUGUCCUGGUUGUAAAGAACAUAGACAAGCCACCAAGAAGCUGGAUUUGUGGACAUUGCCUCAGAUUCUUGUUAUUCAUUUGAAACGAUUUUCAUACAGCAGAUACCUGAAGAACAAACUGGACAUUUUUGUGGAUUUCCCCAUUCACAAUCUUGAUUUGAGCAAAUUUGUGAAACAGAAGGAUGGAAGAUCAUAUGUAUAUGAACUAUAUGCCAUCAGCAACCAUUAUGGCGGUCUCGGUGGUGGGCACUACACUGCUUUUGCAAAGUUGAUUGACGAUAAUAGAUGGUACAAUUUUGAUGAUAGCUAUGUUUCUCCUGUUAAUGAGGCCGAUAUCAGGACAUCAGCUGCAUAUGUGUUGUUCUACGGAAGAAUUGAAUCUGAAAUGAAUGUGGCAGCAGGAGGGACAUCACAGGAUCAUACGGGUUCUUGAAAGGCCAUGAAUGUUUACAUCCCUACUAUUCCGCGUCUUGGGAGCUCAGAUGUAAUAACUGAAGACUGAGCUGAUGGUCAUCACAGCUAGCUUUCUGAAGAUCUCAAGCCUCACCAAAGAUGUCGAGGAGUAUGUACAUGCAUAAAAUGGCAGGUGGGAUGAGGAUUGGCUAGCUAAAACAUUUAUUAAUUCUUUUCUGAGAAUCUGGCUUAAUGUUUGGCUGCCUAUAGAUCCCUGCGUAAUCAUGCUCUGAUUUAGCCAUUUCUUGUUACCUUUUCUGCGUGAUAAUUGGAUGAUAUGGUUCAAAUUUACCACACACAAGGUUAAUGUUAAUUUCAUUUAGGAUCAUUACCGGAAGAGUUGUGUAUUUUACUAUGGCGGGAUUUAGGUGAUUUUAGAUAAAAGACAGGCACGUAUCCAACAAUCCUCGACUGCAUCAAUAUAUUUGUAUUUAUUUGUAC